ACAAUGAGAGACAACAAACCAACAUAUUAACAUAACUACUACUAUUACUUAAUACUACUUGCUAUACCCUAAUCAUUUACAAUUCCAACUUUCAAAACAUUUUGCAAGCAUGGAUCUUUCUAAAGUUUUCAUCAUCUUCUCUCUUUUUGUUUCUUUCUCGUCCGCCACUACUAGUGUCAUUGACUUUUGUGUGGCGGACUUUAACUUCCCUGUUACACCAGCAGGAUAUCCUUGUAGGAAUCCUGCUAACCUAACCGUAGAUGAUUUUGCUUUCUCUGGUUUAGGUGUUGCAGGCAACACAACAAACAUUUUCAAUGUUGGCCUUACAGAAGCAUUUGACAACACUUUCCCGGCUUUGAAUGGUCUAGGAUUAUCCAUGGCGAGGUUAGACAUAGGAGUGGGUGGAGUUGUUCCGAUUCACUCACAUAGAGUAUCUGAAGUUAUCUUAGUUAUCGAAGGAACAAUAAUUGCUGGCUUUAUAGGCUCAGAUAACACGGCGUACUUUAAAACAUUGAACAAGGGGGAUAUUAUGAUCUUCCCACAUACAUUACUUCACUUCCAAGUUAACGUGGGUGAUGUUCCUGCUCUUGCAUUCGUUAGCUUGAACAGCGCAAAUCCUGGUUUCCAGUUUACUACUGCUUCUUUGGCAGCAAAUGACUUACCAACUGAAAUAAUUCGGAAGAUCACUUUGCUUGAUGCUGCACAAGUACAAAAACUGAAGAGAAUAUUUGGUGGAACAAAUUAAAAUAAGUAAAUAAAAUAAUACGUAACAUACGUAUAUACAUUAAUAUGCCACAUGAUCUUGAUUGUUAACAUUUUCACGUGUAAUUUAUAAAAUAUGUAUUGUAAAAUAGAAUAACAUGUACAAUAAUAUGGAGUGUCAUAUUACUUGUACUAGUUCUUUUCAACACUAUCAAUUUAAUACAUUAUGCAUGUAUCGUUUGAUGUUGUAUUAUUAUGAAUAUAAAUUGAUACUUGGAUGUCCUACAAGUUAAGAAUGCUAGAAUGCGUAGU